AUGGGGACCGGCUGGACCUGUCGGACUGUGUGGUGUUAUGGGAACCAGCUGGACCUGUCGGACUGUGUGGUGUUAUGGGGACCAGCUGGACCUGUCGGACUGUGUGGUGUUAUGGGGACCAGCUGGACCUGUUGGACUGUGUGGUGUUAUGGGGACCAGCUGGACCUGUCGGACUGUGUGGUAUUAUGGGGACCAGCUGGACCUGUCAAACUGUGUGGUGUUAUGGGGACCAGCUGGACCUGUUGGACUGUGUGGUGUUAUGAGGACCAGCUGGACCUGUCAAACUGUGUGGUGUUAUGGGAACCAGCUGGACCUGUCGAACUGUGUGGUGUUAUGGGGACCGGCUGGACCUGUCGGACUGUGUGGUGUUAUGGGAACCAGCGGGACCUGUCAAACUGUGUGGUGGUAUGGGGACCAGCUGGACCUGUCGAACUGUGUGGUGUUAUGGGGACCGGCUGGACCUGUUGGACUGUGUGGUGUUAUGGGAACCAGCUGGACCUGUCGAACUGUGUGGUGUUAUGGGGACCAGCUGGACCUGUCGGACUGUGUGGUGUUAUGGGGUCCAGCUGGACCUGUCGAACUUUUUGGUGUUAUGGGGACCAGCUGGACCUGUCGGACUGUGUGGUGUUAUGGGGACCAGCGGGACCUGCCGGACUGUGUGGUGUUAUGGGGACCAGCGGGACCUGUCGGACUGUGUGGUGUUAUGGGGACCAGCGGGACCUGUCGGACUGUGUGGUGAUGUGUCCUCCGCAGCCGGUCUCGUCCUCUCCUCCUGGACACUGGGACACUCCAUCACAGCGCUUCCCUGCAUCGAUGCAGAUUCCAGGGGGACAGGAGAACUGA